AGCUCAUUUGCAGGACUAGACUCUAUGCGUGGAUUAGCCUAAAAGAGCAAUUGAUUGCCCGCAAAAAUGUCCACGGGAAAGCAGGAGGGCAUCACUCGCAAAGUCUUCCAGAAGGAUUUCCCCACACUUCACGCCUUUUUCAAGGAGACUGCAACCAUGUCGAAGAAUGACUUGAAGGAGCGGGAUCUACUGAUGGAGUUCUGGGGUGAAGAUGUGGAGGGGAACGGGCGGAGGAGAGUAGAAUGGUCACGCAAGCCCAUCCCUCGAUAUGUGGCAACCCUUGCCAUUUUGAGCUCAGCGGCUCGCACAUCUAAAACUAGCAGUAAGCUGUGCAUGAAAUUCAACGGUGACAAGGGUUGCCAAGUUGAGACUUGCGCGUACCUGCACAAGUGCCUCUACUGCCGCCAGAAUUUCCGAGCAGACCACUCGCAGUGCCCAAUGAGAAAGAAGCUCCUGGCAGAGCAGACAAACUUCAAGGACCGCUUUCGCCAAGAUCCUUUAGAUGCAGCAUUGCCAGGGCUGGGCCAAGAUGAUGAGUCGCUUGAGCACACUCUCAGGAGGCUUGCGUUGGAUCCUCCUGGCAAGAAGGCCAGCUCGGAGACCGCCAGCGCUGCGAGCGCUUCCUUGACCAGCGGUUUUGCAGCGUUGGCCUCUGAAGAUGAGGUCUGUGACGGCUCUGAGGCGGACGCCGAGCCUCAAGGUUCUCAAGCAGACCUGGUCAGUGACAACGCUUCAGAGCGAUUCGCGGACGCGGAGCCACAGGUCAUGCACAUGGCCAUUGUGACGAACCGAUGCAACACGGAGAAGCCCACCGAGCCACAGAUUCCGCAAGUACUCAUGCCAGCGAAGCAAGAACUUGAAGCUUCCUGCAUGGCUGCGCCAGAUGCAGGCGCCGCACGCCCUGCUAAAGCUUCAACGGAAAAUCUGCCAAUGCUGGAACCCGAAGAGCUACAGACAGACCCUGCAAGGAAGCACGCGCAGAGCCCACCACUUCUUGCAAAUGCUUCAGCAGGCAAGUAUGUGUUAGGUUUUGCGUGCCACAUGGACGCUGACAUGGCAGCUUGUCAAGGCAAUUUGGUGAAGUCGGACGAGAAGAAGGCUCCCCUCUCGAUUGUUGCAUCGCAAGAGCUUGGCAUAGAUGUUGACAGUCUGAGGAUUGUGUAUUCCAAAAGUUCGGAAGUGGCCGUGGUGUUUGCAUCGUUUGGGGAGCCUGUCAACAAGUUUGCGACCCAAUUCCUCCACGCCCUCAACCCACAAAUGCGUCAGUGGGUUGUGCAUGGCAAGGCCUUGUUCCUUGCUUCCAGAAAUGGAACUGAAUCGGCAAAAUUCAUGCCAACUUGGCCAAUCUUCGAGGAGGAGAUCCAGAAGGACUGCGAGAGGUUUGAACAGUGGUUUGACCACCUGCCUAAGGAGAAGAAGCGCAGGUUUGACCAGGCCCAAGGGCCAGGGGCCAUGCUUUUCGUUCCUGUUGAUGAAGACAAGCCCAUGGAGUGGGUCUAUGAAGACAUCAGUGGUUACGAACAGAUCGCCAGGAAAGCGCGAAGAGUCUUUGAGUCCAAAGACUCUUGCCUUCGAAGCCUGUCCUUCUGCGCGGAUGAUUCCGAUGACGAGCCCAACAAGCCUGCUACUUUGCGCGAGUGCUUUGCAAAGGAGAAGCUGGACUUCUCCUUUGCUCCCCGCCAACACAAGAUUGUGGCCAUCGCAUGCAAGCCUCAGAUCACAAUGCCGGACAAGAGGGCACGAAUGAAUGUGAAAGCCGCAUGCAUCGUGGCCAAGCUGUACGGCCUUUCCUUCCUGAAGAAGGGCACUUCAUCGUACUUGAAGUCCUUGAAAGGAGACGUCAUUCUUUGCAUGGUGGGUCCAGGUCCUCAUAGGCAACUGAGGCCAGAAACAUCUUGGGUGACUCAAGACUGCGAAGUCUUGGAAUCAGAGUUCUUCGACUUCUUAGAGGCUCUUAAGAAGGAUGGUGCGGACGAUAUUGCAGAUGACGUCAGGCCGCUGGUGAGGUUGGAGGAGCUGAAGACAUGGAGCAAGGCUUGGUUGGACUACGGCCAGAAGUACAUCAAAAGCUUGCAGGACCUCGAGGAGAUGGCCCAGCCAGAGGAUUGGAUGCUGCGCCUGGAUGAGGGAGAGGACAACUUUGAAUCUGGACUGCCCUACUUGGAGAGCUACUUGCAGUACAAGUUCGCCUUCUCCUUGCACAUGAGCCGGGAUGGCCAGGAGAACGGGAUUAUCUUAGUGUCCAACAACCAGACUCUCAUCUUUGCCACAGGCUUGCUCAGUCGCAGAGACCUCCAGCCGAUCUUGGCAGUAUACCAUUGCCGUGAGGCGCGAGAAGACAAGGAUGCAUGGAAGGCCCCCAAGCUCGACUCGCGCUACAAGUUUGCGGAGUGGACUGUGUCUCCCGCGCAAACCUCUCGGCAAGUUGAGCCCCUUGACUUGUUGUCGGACGCAUGCAUGCAGCCUGGGGCAGAGAGGAAUCUCUUGCAGCUGCAUGAGCUGAAGAGUUUCGAUCCUCGUGCCCAUGUGGAUGUGCAAGAAGCCUGCUUGCAACAUAUCCUCCGCAAGCGUGACCGCUUUGAGGCAGACAACUUGUAUCAAGGCUUCAAAGACCCGCAAGGCUGGGAUUUGGUCAACCCAGACCGCCUGAAGAAGCAGGUGAAGCAGCAACUAGACAAAGUCCGGGCCUGGUGCCGCACAGACCGCAGCAUCCCUGUGAUGACCGUCUUUGCGGACUUCACCUAUCAAUGGCUAGUGCCGCUGCCUAACCCAUCCCAAGAAGAUGGUAAGCUGUCCGAGAACCCGACUUUGGUGGCGGUCUUGCAGCCCAUCAGGAAGGAUGAGAAGGACGCCCCGUGCUACGUGCUGAGGACGACGCUCACUUUGGACAUGGCGUUGAUGCAGGCCCGUGUGUGUGGCAAGCUUCAUCAGAGGUGGACCGUGAGUCGCCGACAAGCAGAGGAGCUCCAGAGAGUGGUGAAUGCAGUGAGGAGCAUCCCGCAGAGUGACCCAGAAGUAAAACGGGCAGUGGUCAACGCAAUCGAGCGCCUGCGAAAGUACAAGGAGUGCAUCCUCCGCUUCCUGCCCUCUGUUGCCACCACCGAGGAUUGCGAGGCCUCCAAAUACCCCGGCGCCAGCGGCUGGCUUCCGCCUGCGCAACGCAAGGGCAAGGCGCGCAGCGAUCCCAGCGCAGGCUCGGCUGCAGCUUCUGACCAGGAGGAUGAGGUGGACAAAUUCCAGCAGCUUGGGGACAUUCGUCGAGGGUACGAGCAACAAACAGGUGUUGGUGGACAAGAUGCUGACCCCUGGACUGAUGGCCAAGACCCAUGGACCUUGUCCAUUGCUGACAAGGGCUCAGCAUGAGGCAAUUUACUUGGUGUAUAGUCUCAUGUACUGGGCCGGUGCAAUUGGCCGGAUUUUGCGCAAGUCGCUGCUCUGUAGGCAGGUUGCUGAUGGAAAUCAAUUCUCCACUUGCCAAGACAAUAGAUUGAAUCAAAAGAUUCGUUGUUUGUCCGGCUCGCGCUGUCCACACUGCCAUUUUCUUGAGCUGCCAAGAACUGACGC